GGGGAGUAGAAGACUGCCCGUUUUUUCUUCUUGAAAGCUUGCUCGUCUCAACUUUCUUCAUCACAUAGCUCUCCCCCAAACUCAGCCUAGACUAUUUAUACUUACAUCUCAAGAGGAAGCAAAAGCUACACCAUACAUAGACAUUCCAACACCGCAAACCCCUCUACCCGUCGUUAAAAGCUACAUUGAACAAGACGCAGCGCACACACAUCUCAACAAUGGCAUCCCAACCAACACCCAGCGAGCUCCGCCGCCCCCACCGCUUCAUCACAGACCACGACCCCUCAGGCAAAGCAAUCUUCAACACCGCCGUCGACACCGAAAUCCCACAACAAACCGUCGGCGGCGGCGCCAAGUUCUACCUAGGCUACACCACAGAACAGACCCCCGUCUCGCUGACGGCCAAUGCAGACGUGACGGCCUACGCCCAGCGCCUGGCCAGCCCGCCGGGAAUCGUGAUCCCCGGCGGCAGCGUCGUGCGCAUCGUCGACAUGGCGCCCGGCUCGCUGAGUCCCAUGCACCGGACCGUCAGCCUCGAUUACGGGGUGGUGCUCGAGGGCGAGAUCGACUUGGUGCUGGAUUCGGGCGAGACGAGGAGGAUGCGGAGGGGGGAUGUGAGUGUGCAGAGGGGUACGAUGCACGCUUGGAAGAAUGUGAGCGAGACGCAGUGGGGGAGGAUGUUGUAUGUGCUGCAGGAGGCGGAGCCGAUCGAGGUUGCUGGGGAGGUGUUGAAGGAGGAUUAUGGGGUUGGGAUGGGGGAUGUGAAGCCUUCUUCCAAGUGAGGAGGCAGGUUUGGUACUGUACGUCUCUUGAGAACGCUGAUGGAUUGAAUAUCAUGGUCUUCUAUUCAGUGUUUAAGUGCAUCUUACAGCCAGAUAGUAGGACCUCGUGAGCUUGGAACUUGAGGACAACUAGAUGAGACUGGUGAAGAGCAAGUCACUAGAGCUUUGGUUUUUUCACAGUGUUAUCUGGACUCCAUUGGCAUUCAGAAUUUACCAUCUGAUAAUGGAAAACAAUUGCAAAGCCAACGAAAAGAUGUGUUUCUGGGCUUCAAGGUGAAUGAGAAGCAUGCUAGAUCAGCCCCAUUCUUCAGUGUGUG